AUGGCGACGCUACUCAACCCAGAAAUAACACUAUGGACUUUCAUCAUAAAGACACUGAAAUUCAUGUGGGUAAUUAUUUGUUCCGCUUGGGGCUGGGGAGAUUCCAGACCUCCUAUUAGGAGAAUUAGUGUCGCCAACACCAACAUUGUGUCCCACGGAGGUCGUGUGCUAGCUACGUGCGAAAGCGGACCACCUAUGCGAAUCUUGCUUCCGAGUCUUCGAACGGUCGGCUGGUUCAACGGAUAUCACGCUGAGGGAGAACUGAGUGGGCGUCAUGACUGUGCCCUACGGCCCGGCUUCGGGGGAAACGGGCUACUGAAAUCUUUCCGGGAAUGGACCACUGGACAUCCACACAUUGAUCCUAUUACAGGGGAGAUGGUACAGUUCCAUUCAAGUUUUGUUUGGCCAUAUGUGCAAUACUCUGUAUUACACGGGAAAAAGAGCAAGAGCCUCUCUGGCACGCAAAUCUUCAACAGUCGUGUGCCAGGUAUCUCAUCACCAAAGAUGAUGCAUGACCUCGGAGUUUCUCGUCAAUACACCAUCAUAAUUGACAUGCCACUAUCACUAAAUCCCCUCAGAUUGAUUUCAAAGAGGCCCGUCAUCGCUUUUGACCCACGAGGACGAACUAGAUUUGGGAUAUUUCCACGACACACGCCCCAGAACGUGCAGUGGCUUUCAACGGACGCAUGCUGCAUCUUCCACACAGUCAAUACCUGGGAUGAAAAGUCCACAGAAGUCGAUAAGUUUCAGCUAAAUAUUAACAUGCUUGUCUGUCGACUAUCAGGUCCAUCAAUCGUCUUCCAGGCCGCUGAUCUUCCCGUUCCAAACGACCAAGCUGUACGGAAAGACGAAUGCACACUUUACUACUACAGGUUCUCUCUCUCCAGUAACGAAAUAUGCAUAUCCCAGCAAUGGGCGCUAAGUGCCAUACCUUUCGAGUUUCCGCACGUGCCGAAGCACCUCACCAUGUCCUCUACAACGUUUGUCUAUGGCUGCUCAGUUGGUCAAAGGGACCAUACCAAUGAACCACAAAAGUCGUUCAAGAUCGGGAGCAUAGUAAAAUUCAACGUUCAAAUGUUGAUAACAGAGGGAAUCGCAAAUCCCCCCGUCGCUGUGUCCGGGUAUGUUGACGACCGAACAAUUGGAGAAAUCUUGGCAUCGCAGGAUUCAGACGACUCAAUUCAAAUCUUUCCAAUGCCGUAUGGUUGGUACGCCCAGGAAUGUACCUUUGUGCCACGCGAAGGAGGCAUUUCGGAGGAUGACGGAUGGCUCUUGACGUAUGUUUUUGAUGAAUCUCAACUCGAUGCACUUGGACAUGCGCCAGAUAGUGCGAGGAGCGAAUUAUGGGCGAUUGAUGCAAAAUCAAUGAAGGAGGUUGUGAUGAAGGUCCGAUUGCCACAGCGUGUGCCAUAUGGAUUACAUGGCAAUUGGUUCACCAAGGACGAGAUCACGAAUCAGCUUUCCGUCAAAAGUCAUCGGGGGUAA